UGGUUUCCUUGGAGAAAAACUGAAACGCAAAGGCUACAUCAUUUGCCCAUAAGGGAUGACAAAGCCACGGUCAGACUGAGAAUUUCCCAGUUUACACAGUUCCCUCUAGAGAGUUGCAAGAACGCCAAGUUUGUAAUCGCUCAUUUGUUUCUUGGCACUUCGAACGCCCCGCCCACCCGCACCUUGCCAAAUACAAGCAGCGCAUGCGCAGAGAACUCUGGGAGGUGGUGAAAGGGCUGGCUCUGGCCGGCUUGCAUUGUGGGAAAUGUAGUCUUGGCGCCUUUCCCACUGCCGUAACUCGGUGAGGAGUGAGGUCCUCGAACUACUAUUCCCAGGACUCCUCGAGGUUUCCCAACUUACUUUGCAAAGGCAUGGCGGGUGGAGUGUGAAUGUUAGUACGGAAGGUAAUUAAAGUACUUUAAUUCCAGUAAAAAGAGCACGGAAGAGAAGAGGAGGUGGACGCAACUUAUUUUGGGAGCUAACGUUUUUGCCGAACACGCUGUGCAGAAUUACCGGUGUGAAUGUGUAGACCUGAGUACACUCCGGCGGGGUGUGUAUUGGGUCGUGAAGCUUUGCUGGUCAUAGUUGUCACCUUUCCAACGCUGACCAGUUUUUCGUGAACAUGAUUUGUACUUUCUUACGAGCUGUACAGUGUGCGGAGAAGCUGCGCAGGUCCUCCGGGAAGCGGCUCUUUCUGCCACCCUUGGUGCUCAACAAAGCUUGCUUGAAGACUGCGCCCACUUUGAGCUGGGGUCUGCGAGACCCAAAGAAAACGGUUCGCCCUAAGUGUGUCCCUGGCGUCACCCAGAAAACCAUCUGGACGCAGGGGCAGAGCCCCCAGAGAGCAGAAGAGGACCGCAGCAAGCAGGUGUCUGUGCACCGUGACAAAGGGGAGACCGGCCUCUCAACGUCACAGAAAGUGAAAGAAGCCGGGAGAGAUUUCACCUACCUGGUGGUGGUGCUCGUUGGAGUCGGCAUCACAGGUGGCUUGUUUUACACGAUUUUCAGAGAACUGUUUUCUUCGUCCAGCCCUAAUAAGAUCUACGGGAAGGCCUUAGAAAAAUGCCGAUCACACCCCGAGGUGAUCAGUGUCUUCGGCGAGCCCGUGAAGGGCUACGGGGAGACAACCCGCCGCGGGCGAAGGCAGCACGUCAGUUUCAUCGAGUUCUCCAAGGACGGGCUGAAGCACAUGCGCGUCAAGUUCUACAUCCAGGGCUCCGAGCCGGGGAAGCAAGGAACGGUGCAUCUCGAAGUGAAAGAGAACCCAGAAAGUGGCGAAUAUGAAUUUCGAUACAUAUUUGUUGAACUUGAGCCCUUCCCUGGAAGAACUAUUGUCAUCGAAGACAAUCGGUCGUGAGGGGCCGCGGGGCUCAGCACGUGGGGCUUCCCGGUGGACGAGGAGCCGGCGCACUGCAGGCUGGUCUAGACCCCCGCUCUCCUCCCGAGUCUGCUGAGUAAGACAGGAAAGGGCACGUAGCUCGUGAAAGUGAGUGUCACGGUGGUAGUUGCAUUUAGACGCACUGAAGUGGAGAGUUUCCGUUGGUGGCAAAAUCAUGACUAGAACAUACCGUGGGUUCUCGCUGAAUCCAUCAUGGACCGUAUUUCGGCUCUAGUGAACAUCAUCUUUGAUGAUAAGAAAUUUUUGUCGUUAAACACUUUACACCAUGUUAAUAAGAAAAAAGAGUUUAGUAUUUUAUGCUUUAAUGUUGUAGGCCUUUAUAAAAUCUGUGAAAUAAAGUCAAAACAAACAAAAAGA